GGACGAACGAAAAGGUAUGGAGAGAUAAUCUGCCACCCGGAUUUUUCCGACUCUCGCCUGUUGGUUUACAAUCGUAGCCACGUGCGUUCCCCACAUGCGGAAUCCCAGUCCAGUGGAUCUGGGUCAGCACGACAACCAUCAGUGCAGAGUACCAGGGAAACGGCCAGAGAACCAAAUGAACUUGAAAGUUUGGAAAUUGCGUCAAAACCCAUUGCGUUGAAGCUUUACUUUGAGUCUGGAAAAACCACCAUCCUACGUUUUGAUAACCGGGAGGUCCGCGACCAGUGCCUAAAUGUGUUACAAUAUGUUGUUCAAGCGAACAAGCUGAGAAACGGCUACCCCGAUUUCGAACACGUAUGGUGUGUGAUGCCGAAGAUUUACGCGAAAGAUCCAUUUGCCACAAGUUUACUGACCAAGUUUUCGAGGGGCCGUCAUUACUUUUGCCUGACGGAUUCCGAAGCACUUCUCUGCCGCCAAAAUCUCCGUGUACCUGUGCUGAUGGUCCCGUUUACACCCCGUCGCAGUUGCAGCCUUAUCAUGGAUCCGUUCCGGCGCGAUCCCUUCCCAACUCCUGGAUUUUCCCACCACUAUGAUCCGAAGACUUCGGCUGUGCCUGCCGAAUUACGGGAGAGUUUCGCUGAAAUGGGCGAGGAGCAUCGGGACUUGCAUCGGAAACGGCAAUUCACUAGACAGAGACAUGAAGAUAAACGGAAGUUCCUUGUGUCUCUCAACUCUUGGAUGGAUGAUGCAUUGACUGCUCCCAUUACCUCAGAGGAGGAUGAUAACCGACCAGACUACUGUUACACGGAGUGCGCUGCGUGCUCUGAAAUCACCGUGUUGAUUUACCCUUCUUUGUUCAGCUCGGAGCCAUUGCCGUUACCGAAUAUUGCCCUGCUCUAUGAUCAGCUGGAUUUCCCAUGGAUCGAUGACACCGACAGUGGCGAAAGCGUGGUAGGUACACAUGCUGGGGGACUCACAACGUCGAAAACCCGAACUGUCAGUCAUCAAAAAAGCUCAAGUGUAUGCUCAGCCGCAGAAAAUGCAAUCAAGUCAUGGUCCUGUGAUUUGUCAGACGAUCCUGAAUACGUCAAUAUUAUGAAAACUGACCGUCAGCAAGAAUUUCCCGGUCUGAACAAACGUCAAUCGUCUCUUACAACUGGAAAACUUGUGGGUUCGGUGGUCAACACAGGGAACCCCCCUCCGGCACAGUAUUCCUCCAUAAGAAGCGUCAAGAGGAGGACAGAUGGUCAUCACCUUCGAUAUGUAGAAAUGACCAGUGGAGUUUCUGGGAAAGAACUUCCCACUAUUUGCUCAGCAACUGAUUCAGGUAUCACGUCGUUGUCAUCCAAUCGUGACUCCAUUUUGACCGACUUUAGUAGUCACUUUCGCGUCAACUCAUACCGUCCACGAACACAUUCUAGUCCGUGGACAUCCACACUGUACUCGAAGACCAGGCCAAGCAGCCAUCGUGAGAAUCCCGAUUUGUUCGCUGCCGUAACUUUUGCCCCGCACCCAGUUGUGCUGAAUGAGACUAUGUCUGACUUCUCUGCUACCCGUCCAUUCUCGGUCACUCUAGUCAAACCAGCACACAUUUCCUUGAUUCGUUCCUCUCCUGCCAGUACAGCAACUUCUCCCGCGCUGCAAAGGGGAUCCCAUACACGCAACUGGGAUGAUAUGAUUCGUCCUAGAACCACCAGUGAUCUGGCGGCCACAAAAAGACCACUCUUUUUGAACAGCCUAAUUCGUUUGGCUAGUGAGUCAUUUCACAAUGGUUCUUCAUCGUCGACCCCAAUUCCUUCGAUGCUCCUGAGAUCCGUAGUCCAUCCACAACAGAACAUUAAAGCAUUUUGUGCCCCGACCCGUCCACAUUCUGGAAGGCCCAAAUCCUAUUCAACCAGUUCAAACAGAAACCACAAACAACCGGCAGCAGAUUCGUCUGAAGGCGAUAUAACUCUUCGUCCACGAGCUAACACUGUUGCUUCGGAUCGGUCUAUGGGACGACGAAUCGCGGUUGCUCUGGUAAAUUUUGGGGCCAGAAUCCGGCCCAGAACCAAGUCUGCUAGUUCCGCCUCGAUGGACAGAGUCAGUUGCAAUCCACCAACAAACUCUCUUUCGCCACACGUUGAUGGGCAUGUUGUUCAGUUACCGUCUCAGUUUAGAUGUUACGCUAAUCCAUUUGAAUGUGAUGAACGGAUGAACAAAGAGCUUUCACGAGCAAUGACCAUAUACAGUGUCUCAGCGUUAAAUCUCAGUGACCAUUAUCUAGUUUAUGAGUAUUUUUAGAUGCUUUCGAAAUUUUCAUACUCAGGUUGGUACAUUGUGUUUGAAGGAAUUUAAAUGCCAGCUUGUCCCAGCCCAUUUCCUCCAGAUGCAGCUAGUUCUUCUAUACUCAUAUACAAUUCAUCCUAAAAUCAUUGGCGAAUGGAACCAAACUUUCACUGUCAGCCAUCGGUCUUUCAAUUGUUG